AUGUCGUCCAAACAAACAACGAAGGAAGAACGAGAAGAAGCUGCUGCGAGGGUGGCCGGUUCCGAUCUCAAUGAAGUUAACCGGGAACGUCGUCAGUACGAAGAAGCACAACAUCCGACCGGCGUGAUAGAAACCAUUCAAGAAGGCACCAAGUCCAUCUUGAAAGCCGUUAAAGAAGCUGCCACUGGAAAAGCUCAUGACCCUACCAAUACGACCAGAGAAGGUUUUUACGCCGCCGGUGACCGUGACAGAGAUUCCAUAAUCGACAAGACCAGUGAAGCCAAAAACGCUGCUGCCGAUAAGAUGGGAGAGUACAACGACUAUACGGUUGGCAAGGCAAAGCAAAGCAAAGACUCCACCGUGGAGAAGGUGGGGGAGUACAAGAACUAUGCGGUGGAGAAAGCGAAGCAAACCAAAGACGAGACCAUGGAGAAGGUGGAGGAGUUUAAGGACUACGCUGCUGAGAAGGCGAAGCAAACUAAGGAUUCUACGGCUGACAAGGCGGAGCAAGCCAAGGAGAAGGUUGGGGAGUACAAGGACUAUGCGGGUGAGAAGGCGAAGCAAACUAAGGAUACUACGGCUGACAAGGCGGAGCAAGCAAAGGAGAAGGUGGGAGAGUACAAGGACUACGCUGCUGACAAAGGAGAGCAAGGGAAAGACACAACUAUGGAGAAGAUGGAGGAAAACAAGGAUUAUACUGCCGAGAAAGCAAAGGAAGGAAAGGAUUCUGCCGUUCCGAAGCUAACUGAACUCAAGGAAUCGGCUGCGGAAGCUGCGCGACGAGCAAUAGAGACGUUGACUGGCAAGAAAGAAGAGACCAAACGGAAGGCUGCUGAGACAGGAGAGGCAGCCAAGGGGAAGAUGGGUGAGACCGAGGAAGCGGCGAGACAAAAGUUGGAAGAGCUGAAAUUGAAAGGGAGAGAGUACAAGGACGAAGCUGGACAGAGGGCUGGAGAGGUGAAGGAUACAGCGACUGAAAGAAUUGGAAACAGGCAGGGAGAAGGGGGGAAGGGGAGCAUAUUUGAUGCGAUCAAGGAGAAGCCAAUGGGUUCAAGUGACGAGACGGAGCAGAAAAGGGAGCAAACUGAUCAGUGUCACAACAGAGGUGGUCGUCAAGAUGAUGAUGACACAGCGAAAAUCCCAGUUAGAGGGGAAGUAGUGGUGGAAGGUCUCCAUGAGACCGUGGAUUCUCCCAUCAAGGCAUCGGCGGUUAUUUUUAAGGCUUCCGAUCAGAUGUUCGGUCAGACUUUCAAUGAUGUUGGAAAGAUGGAAUAAGAGGAGACCGGUCGUAGGGAUCGUGAUGCUCAUGGCUAGAUAUGAUAACACAAUAUGUGUGUUUUCUUGCUCUGUGCUUGCAUUGCAUGGAGGGUGGUGCUUUGUCUCUUGUUUCU